AACAAACCCGGAAGUGAGCGAAAUCAGGUUCGUGUGUGUGUGUGUAGCGGUGUGCGGCAUCCGCUCUGUCUUGGUCUCGUGCGUGCUGUGUGCUGCUUUUAGGUGUUCAUCUUCACAUUUCAAGUACAUUUACUCGUCACGAUGUCUACUUUGUGCUAUAACAAGGGCUGCGGACAGCGAUUCGACCCGGAAAACAACCCAGACGGCUGCUGCACGUAUCACCCCGGCGUUCCCGUGUUCCACGAUGCGCUGAAGGGAUGGUCCUGCUGCAAGAGACGGACCACCGACUUCUCCGACUUCCUCAGCAUCGCGGGCUGCACGAAAGGUCCCCACAACAAAGAGAAACCCCCCGAGCCGGUGAAGCCGGACGUGACCUCGUCGGCAGAGAAUAAAGACGUGGACGAGCAGAAGCCCAAAUUUAGCGAGUACAUCAUCUCCGCGCCGAAACCCCAGGAGGCCAUUUGCAGACCCAGUCCCGACGAGCCUAUGGUGAGGUUGCAGCACAAAGUGUCGUCUUCUCUCAAGCAAGCUCUGGAGAAGCUCAAGCUGAACGACAACUCACGUGCACUCCAACAAGAGGACGACAGCGGCGAGGUCAAGAUCGGAACGUCCUGCAAAAAUGGAGGAUGCACAAAAAGCUACGACGGCCCCGCCACAGACUCUGACACGUGCUUCUUCCACUCGGGAUUUCCCAUCUUCCACGAAGGGAUGAAGUACUGGAGCUGCUGCAAGAAGAAAACCUCCGACUUUAACUCCUUCCUCUCCCAAGUAGGCUGCACCAAGGGCCAGCACCUGUGGAAGAAAAAGGAUGAGGGUAAGAAGGUGGUGCCGUGUCGGUUCGACUGGCAUCAGACGGGCUCGCAGGUGAUCAUUUCCAUCUACGCCAAGAACGCCGUGCCCGAACUCAGCUACGUGGACGCCAACAGCACCACACUGAACAUUCACGUGGUGUUCGAAGGCGAAAAGAGCUUUGAGCAGAAGAUCAGCCUGUGGGGAGUGAUCGACGUGAGCCAGAGCGCCGUCAACAUGAUGGCAGCCAAGAUCGAGGUGGCCAUGAGAAAGUCGGAAGCCAUGUCGUGGGCUCGCCUGGAUCUGCCGGCGCCUGUGGCAGCGCCCGUGGGGGACCAUGAAAAGAAAUGCCAGGACGACAAUAGCAGUAGCGACGAGGAGGAGAAUGAAUGAUCAGGAGGAAGACAACUUUUCUGCAGGAAUUAUUCUCCAGUUUGGGAACUUGAAUAGCCACAAAAUGCUUGGCAUGAUGUCACAAUGCUGGAUGAUCUCAGAAAUUUUUGACUUUCAGCCCAUCUUUUUAUUCAACUUCUCAUCCCAGUCCAUAUUUCUGCACUGAAUAAUGAUCGGUGAUGUUUGAACUCGCACUGUUGAGAAGUAAAAAUCGUUUUCUGCAUGUCCUUCAGGUGGCAGUAAAGCCAAGAAAAUUAGGUUCAUAAUGACUUACUGCAUUGUAAUAACACAGGGAAAGGAAGAAAUAAGAAUACUGAAACAAAAUGUUUCCUUAAUAUUAUAAGCAAUUCUACCUUUUUUAUGUAACGUUUUCUUUUCUAUCCAUGUCCAAUUCAUUGAAACUGGGAGAGCCUUGCAGUGGCUGAUUGUUUCGUUGCCACUGAUAGCAAUAGGCGUCCAAUCUAUUUCUCUGUCAGCCCUACCACUCAAAAUACAUCGGACGUCCAUUGCCGCCAAUGGCAGCCAAUGACAAAGUACUGUAAUAUAAGAUCAUUUUGAAGUGCGAUAUCAUUUACACACAGAUGACGUGUAUUUGCGUGUUAAGAGAAAUUGUUGAACAAUAUUUUUUA